CUGCCAAUACUAUUUGACAAGUCAUCCAUGGGUACCAGCAUAUCAGGGUGUCAUCACAUUUUUCGUUUUGGCCAAUUUCUCAUUAGCGACAUUCAUGGAUCCCGGUGUCAUACCAAAAGCUUCACCAGAUGAGGACCGGGAGGAGGAGUUUCGUGCACCACUUUAUAAAAAUGCCGAAAUCAAUGGCAUCACAGUAAAAAUGAAAUGGUGUGUGACUUGUAAAUUCUAUCGACCACCACGUUGUUCACACUGUUCCGUAUGCAAUCACUGCAUAGAAACAUUCGAUCAUCAUUGCCCUUGGGUGAAUAAUUGCAUUGGACGUCGCAAUUAUCGUUUUUUCUUCUUCUUUCUGGUUUCGCUGUCCAUACACAUGCUGAGCAUAUUUUCGUUAUGCUUAUUUUAUAUACUGAAAGUUACACCACGUAUAAAGGAGCCAUCGCCCAUCGUAGCUAUGGUGUUGAUGGCCAUUGUUAUAAUCCUAGCGAUUCCAAUUUUUGGUUUAACCGGAUUUCACAUGGUGCUCGUAUCUCGUGGCCGCACAACAAACGAACAAGUUACAGGCAAAUUUAAAGGCGGCUACAAUCCAUUCUCUCGUGGCUGUUGGCAUAAUUGCUGCUACACUCAAUGUGGACCACAAUAUCCGAGUCUUCUUAAGCCAGAAAAAUAUGCAGCUCGUCGCUCACACAAGGAUGGUCAGGGUAUUAGUGUUAUCACUACCGAACGUCGCAACAAUCAGCAGAGCAGCAGCAUGCGGGGCAACAGUACACCUGGCAAUGCGCCACGUUCGCCACGUGAAACGCUGAAAAACUAUUACGAUAGGGAUAAUCGACACACUCAGGUAAAGACUUAUACGGACCAGGGCAAUGGUUAUAAUCAACGGUCGGGCAGCACAACGCUUUAUAGUAAGCUGUCGCCCGGACGUGAAUGUUCAGACACCGACAUGGAACCGCAAGCAUCGCAGAGUCAAGAUUGUGAGCCCACACCUCCAUUACAACGACACAACUCGACGAAUUUCUACCUGCCUCAAGUGGAGGCAGGCGUGAGCAAUUUAAAUAAUGGCGUUAUAGCAACUAAUGCGGGCAUGUUGCCCAACGCUGGCGGUGGAGGUGGAGGUGGUGGUGUUGGUGGUGGUGGUGGAGCAGCAGGCGGAGGUGGUGGAGGCGAUUCGCCACGACAUAUGCGCAUGUACCAUCCGCGACACAGUCCAUUAGCGCGACAGCGCGGUUUGGAGCCACAACGCGGCUAUAAUCCCGCCGAUCCACUGUCGCCCGAUCAUCCUGCUCAUCCGGGCAAUCAGGGCGCACAACAACAACGCAGUGGGACAACUGCAACACCCACAAUGCAGCAACGAAUAAAACCGUUGGGUGUGGCAACACCACUGGUGAUGGCAAGUCCAGUUAGAAGAUCCAAUCCUGGUACGCCCACCCAACCAAGACGACCCGAUUUCAUUGGUCUGAAUACACAACAACAACCGCCACAGACUUAUUACGAAUAUACGACUGGCUUGCCGCCACAACAUCCACAACCGCCUACCAUUCAACAGCAGCAAAUCAUGUUGCAACAACAGCAACAACGUGCCAUGAUGCAACAGCAUCAGCAACAACAACAGCAAGGUGAGAAAGCAUACAAUCGCAAAUAUAGUAAACGAUCAUUGCAUGAAAAUAAAAAGAAACGAAAAAAAUUACUUGCCAUGGCCAGCGCAUUUAAGACCUCUAAGAAAUCUAAGUCUAAAUCCAGCAAAAGCCAUAAAAUUCGAAGCCCCAAUUGGUCCAUAUACUAAGUAUGAAAUCAAGUAGCUACUAAUUCAUUUACAAUCGUAUGUACUAUUUCGUAUUUGCUAUAAAAUUAAAUGUAAAUAUGUAUAGAAGGACAAAAGGAGUGAGAAAUAAGAAUUAUGUAUAUGAAAAGUCAUAGUCAAAAAAUGGAAAAUACGCGCAAUACAAUUGGGCUUCCGCUAUGCUAAUCCCACCCGGCUGUUUUGGCACAAUCGGCAGAUUUUUUCGCCUAUUUGAUUGAUUUACUUUUUUUACUUACUUGUUUUUAUUGCAAAAUGAAUAAUUGGCCUUUUUAUGUUGUUUAAAGUUAUUAAUUCAUUACUGCACAUUAAAUUUAUUAAAUUACCUACUUGUGAUUUAUCCGGUAGCGUUACCUUGUGAGGGGUAAAGCUUCAACGAA